ACCUGAAACUUGGUAAAAAAGUUAAUGAAGGUAAAACGAAAGAAGUGUACGAGCUGCCAGACAUUCCGGGAUGUGUUCUCAUGCAGUCAAAAGACCAAAUAACAGCGGGAAAUGCAGCCAGGAAGGACCGAAUGGAAGGGAAGGCUGCCAUUUCCAAUACAACAACUAGCUGUGUGUUUCAGUUGCUUCAAGAAGCUGGAAUCAAAACAGCUUUUGUCAGGAAACAGAGUGACACAGCUUUCAUAGCAGCUCACUGUGAAAUGAUUCCAAUUGAAUGGGUGUGCAGAAGAAUUGCUACUGGCUCCUUCCUCAAAAGAAACCCUGGUGUCAAAGAAGGAUACAAGUUUUACCCACCCAAAAUUGAGAUGUUUUACAAGGAUGAUGCUAAUAAUGAUCCACAAUGGUCUGAGGAGCAGAUAAUUGAAGCAAAAUUCUGUUUUGCUGGACUUACUAUUGGGCAGACUGAAGUGGAUAUUAUGUCUCGUUCUACUCAAGCUAUUUUUGAGAUCCUGGAAAAAUCAUGGCAGCCCCAAAACUGCACUCUAGUAGACCUGAAGAUUGAAUUUGGUGUUAAUAUUCUGACAAAAGAAAUUGUUCUUGCUGAUGUUAUUGAUAAUGAUUCAUGGAGACUGUGGCCAUCAGGAGACAGAAGCCAGCAGAAGGACAAACAGUCCUACCGGGACCUGAAAGAAGUGACUCCUGAAGCACUGCAAAUGGUUAAGAGAAACUUUGAAUGGGUUGCAGAAAGAGUAGAGUUACUUCUGAAAACAAGGAGCCAAGGUAGAGUUGUGGUGUUGAUGGGAUCUCCUUCUGACCUCAGUCACUGUGAAAAAAUAAAAAAGGCAUGUGCAACUUUUGGAAUUCCUUGUGAGUUAAGAGUGACUUCUGCUCACAAAGGGCCAGAUGAAACCCUGAGGAUUAAAGCAGAAUAUGAAGGAGAUGGAAUCCCAACAGUGUUUGUUGCAGUAGCUGGCAGAAGCAAUGGUUUAGGGCCAGUAAUGUCUGGUAACACUGCUUACCCAGUUGUCAACUGUCCUCCACUGUCAGCUGACUGGGGUACUCAGGAUGUGUGGUCCUCCCUUAGACUACCCAGUGGUCUUGGGUGUCCUACUACUCUGUCACCUGAAGGAGCUGCCCAGUUUGCUGCCCAGAUAUUUGGAUUAAACAACCACUUGGUGUGGGCCAAACUGCGAUCAAACAUGCUAAACACCUGGAUCUCCUUGAAGCAGGCUGACAAAAAACUUCGAGAGUGCACCUUGUAACUUUCAAUAGUUACGCAAAGAUAAUAGUGUGCAUAUUCGUUCAUAUUAGGAUUUACACUUGGAUGAGCUCAAAAGUCCUGCAUCCUUUCUUGCAGAAGAAAGCAUUGUUAGAGCAGCAGAUGAAGUCUGCUGCAUCCUCAUCCUUCCCUUGUGUAUUUUUUUUAAUAUAAC